AUCGAAUGCCCAGAGGCAGUCCACCAAGCACCUGGCCGCAUCGUACCCGUUGGGUGCUAACCUUUGGCACUGAGAGGAUGUGAACCGGAGUACCAAACAGAAACAAGGGAAGCAGAGAACUGAAACCUCAAGAGAGUUCAUAAUUCUUGCUUCGAAGUGGAAUGUGAACGUCUUUGUGGUUCAAAACUGGAAUGAGUUUUAUACCAAUCUCAUCAACACAGUCGUCAUUCACUUGCCUAAGCAGAAACCAUGUGAAGGCAGACAAGCUCUAGUUUGAGAUCUUUCAAGGUGGGAUCUUCGCUGUUUCAACUCUAAUCCAAAGGCACUAGUGGAAUGGCUAAGGUGAUCAUCUACCACAAACUUACCCAUGGAUUUCGUCAAACAAUAUGGAAUACUCCUGAAUUGGCGCUGUUCUGAAGAAAUGGAUACUCCGCCAUCAGGGAGACAGAAAGGGCAGCGACCUCGCAUGCUCGUCUGCUACCUUUGUAGUGGAGAAUUCGGCAGCAAGAGUUUACCUAUACAUAUCCCUCAAUGUCAGAAAAAGUGGCUGCGGGAAGAAGGGCUGAAGGCCAAGAAGGAACGCCGUCCUCUGCCAUGGCCGCCUGCUACUGAGCAACCCAUCACUACUGGUGGAGGUAGUCCAUCUGCUCAACAGAUUGACAACUUUAACGAUGAGGCCCGAGCAGCAUUUGAGGCGAGUUUGGAACGUUGCCCUCAUUGCCAGCGACGUUUUGUUCCCAAGGCCUUUCAGCAUCACUCGAAAUCGUGCACUACUAGAAAUCCUGCCAAGCCUGCAGGCACUGGUCUCACUUCUAUGUCAUUAACCAACAGGCUAGUUCCCGGUGCAAUUGCUGGAUCUAAGCAUGGAAAUGCAACUCCUGAAUCAUUUCGCGAAGUUCAUCAUCGAUGUUGCACAGCUGUACAACCUCCACCGCUCUCUGAAAUGGGUAUUAAAAGAUUGAAGGUGCUGAAGAAACAAACAGCCACCAAUGCGAGUUCUUCGGUCCUUCAAAGGGACCCUGGUCAAUCCUCAAAGUUGAGUGUGGCUUGUAACGAUUGCGGGUUGAAGUAUGAGCGACCGGAUUCCAUAUUUUGUUCUUCAUGCGAAAGUAAACGAGCUGGAGACCGGCGUUCACCAACGAGUUCGAAAAGUCACAAGGGGGCAGAGACUGAGCCAAGUCUUGCUUUUAGUGAAGACAACGCCGCAGACGAUCUUUCUGUAGAAAUCACAACACCACGUAACUCAUAAAUAUUGCUGUUCGAAUGAAAGCUUUUCACUUUUGGCGUUUCCGUAAACAGCGUGGGUCGGCACAUGGUUGGCGUUAUGGAGUGUCAUGGACGCUUAGACUGCAAGUAAGCGUCCUGUUAUCGAGAAUUUGAGCUAACCUCGACUUUAUCUUUCACUGGAAUUCUAGGUGGCUCAAAUUUCACUGAAAAAGUUCUCGAUCGCAACGUGAUAGGUUUGCUGUGGGAAAAUUUACAAUAGUACUGACAUUUUAUAUCAGUGGCGAGAAGAUUACAAGCACCUAACAAGUCUCAGUGCGAAAUCUGUUACGUCGUCGUUUCAACUGCUGGAUAUCUGUUUUGAUUCUUCUACAUUCCAUUUCUUAAAGUUCCUACUGUAGUCUC